AUGGCCGAAAGCAGUAUCGAUGUCACUCGUCUGAACACCUCCACGUCUGAAGGUAUGAAGCCGGCCGAAAGCAAUCGUCUGAACGCCAGACGAGAAGCCAUCCCACCCGCCAACCUCAUCAACCUACUCAUGGGUUCCCUUCUUUCCCAAAAAAAUCUCUCCCUUCCUACACCUCAGGAGAACGAAGAGCUUUCAUCAUCAGACUCUACUAAACAACCGACGAUGGCUCAUCAAAGCUCCCCUUCGUCCAACGAUCCCCCUACCGACAACCCCCUCGACUCCUUCAUUAAGACUAUGUCCUCUCCCUCGAUUGAAAACUCGCCUACCGUCGUUGCCGCUGACCAGCCUGUCGACGCCAUCAUGGAAACCGUGUCUUCCCCCGCGGCUGGUCCCUCGCCCAACGUCGUUCCUGCAGACAACUCCUCUGAGGCCUUCAUUGAGAUCACCUCCUCUCCCUUGACUGACAACGUGUCCAACAUGAUCACCGCCAACAACCUUACAGACGCUGUCAUCUCGGUCAUGUCUUCUCCCUCGGAUGAGAACUCGUCCGACAUCGUCAUCACUGACAACACUCCUGACGCCAUUAUUGAGAUCAUGUCCUCUCCCUCAGUCGACAGCUCCUCGAACGUUGCCGCCGCCGACCACGCUUCCGAUGCCGUCAUCGAGAUAAUGUCUUCCCCCUCGGCUGACGCCUUGUCCGACACCACCCCCAGCCCUACCAGCUUCCGUCGCCUCCCGCUUGCAAUUCGCCAGCUCGUCGGUAUCGGUCCGAACGCGGACGCAAACGCGCGCCGCCCUGGCUACCCUGCCUUUGCCCAUGUCAACAAGGAGUCUUUCCAGGCCUUUCUCCACGCCUACAUCAGAAUCGACAAGAACCCGGGUGAUCCGAUCGUCUACGAUCCAGCAGUCUUGCGCCCGGAGGACAUGUGCGACCUCUUCUUUACCGAGGCGGUCCAACUGAUUCCUCAUGUUGACUGUGUCUAUAUAAACCCUCGCACAGAUGAGAUUUCGCUGGGCUGUAAGACCGACAUUCCCGACCCCGCCUUCGCUCCCGGAUACGUCUCGCCAGACCUUGGAUACAACAUCAACAUUCAAAUCAAGAUGGCACGCAUCGUCAUAGAAGACUUUAGCGCCUGGACCGAUUAUGAGUACCCGAUUCAGCAAUUCAACGCACUCGACGAGGAGCCCGUCGCCACAAUCAAGUUGGACGAGCUCAAAUACCCCAACGUCAAUCAGAUUAUCGCAAUCUUCCGUGGUGUCGAGGACGAAUGGAAAAGCGAUUGCAACAGCUACGUCGUCAACUACAAUGUCGACACUGACCGCGUCUUCGUCGACUACGACAGUAAAGACGGCUCUGAGCUGGCCAGAGAGACCCUCCGUAUCGAGUAUCGCAAGCUGAUGUCUGAUGCAGAGUUGACCGAUUCGGAUGGCGAGUCGGACGACAAGUCGGACGACACCAGCUCGGACGAGGUGGCUCUCAAGGAGCCGGAGUACGUGGACGACGAGGGCGUUCUCACGGUUCGGAUCAUCUUCCAUCGGAACACGGACAAGGACCACGGUCCAUACCUCCUCAAGCCCUUCUAUCUCGACGAGAUCUUCGACCCGGAGGACUUGGAGGAUGGUGGUCGGAUGGAGAGAGUCUUUUGGGAGAUCGCCGCCACCGCCGUCAAUGAGCGCCUUGGCCUUUGA